UGAAUGCACGUGACGAUAAACAAGCAUCAUGGCGGCGCACAGCAAUAAUGUCCAAGUAGAGAAAGUAGAAAACCCAGCAAAGAAAAUAAAUGUGUAAGUAACAUUAGCAAACUAGUCACCUCCACAAGGUACGCUUAUGGACACUCACGGCAUGUGAAGAUAUCAAAGAGAGAGUAGUUUGCCAACCAGACUGGCUAUGUCGAUUGUGUUUAGAAAUGCCAACGGGUGGCUGUUGGAUGCUUGUUCACUUGUCGACAAGGGUGUCCAACUAUGUAACGUUACUUCGGAGAGGAAAGCAGCCAGUGGAAAGUCGUAUUUUAAAUGUUAUUUUAAACAUGAGUGUUUCCAGAUUUUAAAGUCUCACGUUAGUGUUAAAUCAAGUUGUACUGUGACCACAAACGACAGUGCCGUCUCGAACGCAGCGCUACAGAGGAGUGAGAAUAAAACUACAGUGGAUUGUAAACCAUCAAAGAAAAGAAAACGAAAACGCAAUGAUCUGAACCAAGGAGAAAUUGAUUCACUGGCCUUCCACCACAAGAUCAGGUCUGCCAUUUUGGAGGGGACCAAAUCCAUAGUGGAUGCUGGGCUCUCCUGUGAGUACCUGAGUGAGGUCAACGAUGCUCGGGAGGAUACCCUGCCUUCCCAGGAAUGCAACCUGGCAGCCUUGUGUGACAUGGCUAAAGAGCUCCCUCUAGUGACUGAACAUGGAGAGGACCCAGUUCAGUUCAUUGAGUCUGAGGAUGGCUGUAGUACAACACACCUUGACCUGUUCACGCGGAUCACAGAGAAUCGUAUGGACUUUGCCAUGGAGGUGACGCUGAUGGGAGAGAAAUACAUUAUCCCACCACGAUGUGCCUUCUUGCUCUCUGAUUUUGCCAGAAUGCAGCCCCUGGUUGGCUAUGGAAAGUUUUUCGACCUCAUUGUCCUGGAUCCUCCUUGGGAAAACAAGUCUGUCAAAAGGAGUGGCAGGUAUAGCUUUCUGCCCUCCUCCCAGCUCAAACGGCUCCCUGUCCCACUGCUGGCCUCCACAGGCUGUGUGGUGGUCACCUGGGUGACCAACAGGCCCAGCCACCUGCGCUUCGUCAGGGACGAGCUGUACCCACACUGGGGCGUGGAGGUGCUGGCAGAGUGGUUCUGGGUCAAGGUCACCAGGUCAGGGGAAUAUGUGUUUCCACUGGACUCUCUGCAUAAGAAGCCUUACGAGGUGUUGGUACUUGGUCGAUAUCGUGGGUGCGGACACCACUCACACAGCUCUCUGAGGAAGACAGAGCUCCCUAUGGAGGAGCAGCGUGUGAUCGUCAGUGUCCCAUCAGCCCUACACUCCCAUAAACCUUCACUCUCAGAGGUGUUAAGGCCGUACGUGGGUGCCGACGCCCGGUGCCUGGAGCUGUUUGCCAGAAGCCUGCAGCCAGGAUGGACCAGCUGGGGCAACGAGGUGAUCAAGUUUCAGCAUGUCAGUUAUUACACCGUGGAGCCCACAGACGAGCCCACAGAUACGGCUACAGGAUCCUUACAUGGAGAGUCCUCUCCUCACUUCUCUCUACCUCCUCCAACACCGGACUAAUCAUCACAGUUUAAUAGCAUACCGUUGAAGCUUUCCACAUCAAAAUCCCAAUUUGUUUUCAUAGUCAAGGAGCCCCUGAAAUCUCUCUCCAUCUCCUUUGAUCUGUUAUUUUCUUUCAUUUGGGACUCUUGAUUUGUGUUUCUGGGUCGUAGUAUGUUGGGGGUGGUGAAUCACAGAGCCCAUGAUGCGAUGGAGGGGAGAUGAAAGUGCAUCGCUCCGGAGCUCAGAUCAAGGUUGAUGUUUUGAGCUGAAGCUAAUAACCUAUAGCUCUAUGUUCGGUUCAGACACACAACUGUGUGUUACCUCAGAGCGGUGUGUUGUGCAUUGAUGAUGGAGCUAUGCUGGCACAAUGUCUGGUUUAAUAAUUGUCAAAGUGUACGUACAUGUUUUAUAAUGUGCUGAAAUGUGUUGGGUAAUGUGUAUCCAUUUAAAUCCAAGAGUUGAAUAAAGAAACCAAACUUUAUUGUUUUGAGUUUUGUAUCACUCGACCCAGCCAUAAGAUGCUCUGAUUUUGUGAGGACAUUUGCCCUGUCCCAUUGUAGAGAUAUGAUCUACCUUGCACCCUUUUUGAUGUGUUUUUCUGAGUGCAAUGGCUAUUUCAUGUGUCCCAAAUGGCACCCUAUUCCCUUUAUAGAGCUCUGGUCAAAAGCACUGCUCUAUAUAGGGAAUAGGGUGCCAUUUGAAAUGCACAAUGCGGCUGUCGUCCAGGUUACAGAGAGAGACCACCAGCUCGACUGCGAGCCACGCCUGCCUCUGAGUCUGCCAUUUGUAUGUAGGAACCAAACAAAAAUAACAGUACCUGAGCCAUAAACCGUUAGAUUACGUCAUUCUCACACCAUCCCUACCUACUAGUUUGGAAGGUGCCAAAACACACUACUUUAUUUUUGCCACCUCUCACACCAUCCAUCCCUGGCUCACUUCCUCCCCUCCCCUGUGUGGCUGGGUAAGGUAUGGGCAGGGUGGGGUGGGGCGGGGCUACUCUAAUGGGCCUUUAGUUUCUCUGGGGGACUGUCACAGAGCCAGAUGAGGAUGAGUUACAGCCACUGCAGCACACAGCAUAGCAAAUCACUAACUAAUGAAUCCAGAACAGGAUAAUUUCCGCAUUACACAUUCUCUUUGUUUCAUUCUCCCUUUCUCAUUCUCCAUCUCUUUCUUUCCCUCCUCUCACGACAGGAGGAAAACAUGAAUGAGAAACAGCAGAAUGAGAGGUUAGAUGUAAUGUAUUCCUGUCUGGGUAAAGAGGUAGACUCAGAUAUUGGACACUUCUCACAGAUUGAAUUAAAGGAGUGUAGCGCUUUCUCAUUAGUCUGCUCCCCAGGUGAGCACUUACUGAUUUUAUUCUUGUUAUUGGGAGUUGUCAACUCCAAAAUAAUCCUGCAUCCUUGAAACCCCCAUGGAGAUGUGGCAAAAUAAAUACCACAUUUGGAAAACAAACUUCUUAGUAGAUUCAAGGCUCGGGCUGUAAUGUAGCUGGAAUCAUAGUUACAAAAACAUGAUUUAAACAUUUCUGCCUUUGACAAAAAAAAUGUGUCUUUCACAACUGUGUUUGCAUCAGUUUCAAAGGCAGCCAAUUAGUGUUGAAUGUCUCAAAGCAUUGGUGUUGUAAUGUUUGGAAAAUAUACUUGUGAAGGAGUGGCCUUCACUAAAGACAUUCAUUUUCAAAAAGUAUUUAUACAGCAAGUUCUGUUUAUGUCCUUAAUUUAUUCAGUCAUUUACCACACAUUCUAGUUACUAGAGCUUUCCCUCAUUUCCAACCAAUUGCAGUCAGUCGUGUUCAUUGUUAAGUGUUUCUUGUCUUCUAUUGGUCCAGCGAUGGAAGUGGCUAAUUGACACAGGUGUUCCAGUUCAGUAAUUAGGUCUUGCCAUGUUGAAUGUCUUUUAACUAGGGUGAGCCACAGCUGUUUUUUACCUGCCAGUUUGUAUGUUUUACAGUUACUACAGUUUUAAAUCAAUUUGAAGGGAUAAUUUGAAGGGAAAACCAUGAAAUUCCUGUCAAUUUGGGGAAAGCCUAUGUUUUAUUAGUGGGUUAAAUAAAAAUUUACCCCAUGAUU